UUGAUGCGCAGUCUCGGUGGUGCUGAAAAGCUAAUAGCGGUGGCGGCUGCUCAGUAUUAUCGAAGGGUGAGGGGAGAACAGAGCAGCAACCGAGGGCGAAAGUACUUUGACAGCAACGCAUCGUCAAAGCCUUGCCCACCUUGAGGGACACCGAGAGCGAAGGCCCCCACAUCCAACUCAGGCUGCGGCGUCGGGUUAGACUAAUCGAGCAGAGCACUGAAAGGCCGGUUUCGUUUUGCAGGCGCCCAUCCCCGAUCAGGAGCCGCGCCCUCGGUGUGCCUCUCGGACCUGUGACGAGGACACCGCGGGAUCAGAUCCGUCCCACUUCAAACCGCCCCCCCCAUCCUCCUGAGGCGGGGGCGGGGUAACAGCUCCAACCGUCAGCGGGGUCUCGAGCCUUGCCCCGCGCCGGCGCGUCAUGGAUAACUUAAAUGAUGCCCUGCAAAAGCUGAAGGUAACUGCUGAUGGCACAUCAGAUAGCAUUGAGGGAUGCCUUGACUGCCUCCUCCAAGCUCUGGCUCAAAGCAAUGCAGAAACCAGCGUAAAACUCCAGGAGAGCGGCAUUCUUCAAGUUUUCCCACGUUUACUGUCUCCACAUAUUUCCUGUGCAGCAAAAGUAGCAAACAUUAUAGCGGAAGUAGCCAAAAAUGAAUUCAUGCGGAAUUCAUGUGUAGAUGCAGGAUUGAUUCCACCAUUGGUUUUACUGCUAAACAACAAAGAUCAAGAAGUGCUUCUUCAAACAGGACGUGCCCUGGGAAAUAUUUGCUAUGAUAGCCAUGAGGGCAGGAAUGCAGUUGACCUCUCUGGUGGCGUACAGAUAGUAGUUGACCACUUACAGACACUAUGCAGUAAUAUUGAUGCGGCCAAUCAGAAGCUCUUGACUGUCUUUUGUGGCUUCCUGUUGAACUAUAGCAAUGAUAAUGAUGCCUUGCAGGCCCAGCUGAUAAAUAUGGGAGUCAUUCCCACUUUGGUUCAGUUGUUGGGUAUGCAUUCCCAGCAUACAGCACUGACAGAAAUGUGCUUGGUUGCAUUUGGUAACCUGGCAGAGAUAGAGUCGAGCAAAGAACAAUUUGCAUCAACAAAAAUUGCAGAGGAACUUGUAAAGCUAUUCAAAAAGCAAACUGAACAUGAGAAGAAAGAAAUGAUUUUUGAAGUCUUGGCUCCAUUGGCAGAACAUGAUGUCAUCAAGCUACAACUGGUUGACGCUGGAUUAGUGGACUGUCUGCUGGAGCUUGUUGAAGAGAUGGUAGAUAGCAAUAAAGAAGAUGAUAUCUCUGAGCUUAAAACAGCUUCUGAUCUUAUGGUAUUGCUGCUUUUGGGUGAUGAAUCUAUGCAGAAGUUGUUCGAUACGGGUAAAGGCAGUGUCUUUCAAAAAGUGCUGUCUUGGCUUCCUUCAAAUAACCAUCAGCUGCAACUUGCAGGAGCACUGGCUAUUGCAAACUUUGCACGAAAUGAUGGAAACUGUAUCCACAUGGUGGAAAUUGGAAUUGUGCAGAAGUUAUUAGAUUUAUUGAAUAGACACGUAGACGAGGGGAAUGUAACUGUACAGCAUGCUGCCCUCAGUGCUCUCCGAAAUCUGGCUAUUCCUGUAUUAAAUAAAGCAAAGAUGCUGUCUGCAGGAGUUGCAGAGGAGGUGUUGAAGUUUCUCAAGUCUGAGAUGCCACCAGUUCAGUUCAAAUUACUUGGAACGUUGCGCAUGUUAAUUGAUACACAAGCUGAAGCAGCUGAAAAGUUGGGUAAGAAUAUUAAACUGAUCGAGCGUUUGGUAGAAUGGUGUGAUGCAAAGGACCAUGCUGGUGUCAUGGGCGAAUCAAACAGGCUAUUAUCUGCCCUUAUUAGGCACAGCAAAUCAAAGGAUGUUGUCAAGACAAUUGUUCAAAGUGGUGGUGUUAAGCACCUGGUCACCAUGGCAACAAGUGAACAUGUUAUAAUGCAGAAUGAAGCUCUUGUUGCUCUAGGACUGAUUGCUGCUCUGGAACUUGGUAUAGCUGAGCAGGAUCUGGCGAAUGCUAAGCUUGUGCAAAUUUUACAUAAACUGCUUUCUGAUGAUAUCAGUGCUCCUGAAAUCAAGUACAACUCAAUGAUAAUGAUUUGUACCAUAAUGGGUUCAGAGCAACUUAAAAAGGAGACGCAAGAUAUGCCAUUCAAAGAGAUUGUGUCAAAGCUUCGUCGUCAUGAGAAUAAACUUGUAGCCCAACAGGCAUUAGUGACGGAGCAAAGACUAGUUAUAGAAAGCUGAGAUUUGUUCCCUUAUUUGCCUGUUUUUCAGCGUCUUGUCACGAGGUCACCUUUGUCUGCUGUGAACUGCUCCUGCAGCACCCUUGCUUCUCCUUGUGCAUGCAUUAGAUUGGUCCAGUCUUGACAAAAAAAAAUAAACUGGGACCAAGUACUUUCAGCCGUAAGCUGUGGUUUUUAAAGAAAAAAAAGUAGCUAUUUGUCAUUCCAUGUUCACUUGGUGUCCUUUGUUGCCUGAAACAAUGUGGUAGAACUUGCAUGUUGUAGUAAAGUAACAAUGUGACAAUGUUUAUACGGGGAAAAUGCACAGCUAUCACAAAGUGUGAUAUAAUGCUACUGACGUGGGGACAAUGCAGGAUGCAGAAAUUAAACCUGGGUUUUCCUUUCGAUUCAGAUGUUGAAGCUUGCUCCAUUCUUAAUACUUCUAAAAGCCACAAAAAUUAGAAAAAGGUAGUGUGCUUCAUCAGUACUUCCCAGGUAACCAGAUGUUGGCUGUUGAUGGUGUAAAAUCAUGGUACCUAGAAUUAAUAAAUUAAAUCUUGAAUUCCCAACUGUCUGUAUUGCUUUAAGAAU